AUGCUGUCCAUUGUUGCUAUCGCCGUCCGCGGCUUUCUGCUGCUAUUUGGUGCAGUAGUCCUCGGUCUUUCGGUGACCCUGGCCAAGCAUCAAGUAAUUGGUAGUGCGCCUACGGAGUCGUCGUUUGGAAGUUUCGCUGGUGCUUUUGGUAUCAUCGUUUCUGCUGUCGGCCUCGUCGCACUAUGGGUCGACAAGAUAUCGCCGUUUAUCCCGCUUGCCCUUGAUGCACUCGCAUCCGUCUUCUAUCUCGCAGGUGGCAUCGCCUUAACGGUGGCACUGAAGGGUGUCAGCAGCUGCACAAACAUGAACAACGAAGCCGCGCGGCAGCGUUAUGACAACAAACUCCUCAACGGAGGAUGCAUCAACACGGAUCAAGGACCGGCAUGCGCGGUAGAGGACGAUUAUGCCCUCACCGGCAGUCGUUGUCAACGUGUUCAGGCAGAUUAUGUGUUCGAGUAUCUCGGCUUCAUAUUUGGCGUCGCAAUCAUUGGCUUGGGGUAUGUUCUCCACAGAAAAGGAGGUAGCACGAGAGCAUCUUAUGUUUGA